AUGGAAGAGCCAGGUACACUUUCAUCAUGCGCCAUUGGCCUCUGCUUCCUAGUCUUCUUGCUCGGCUUGACGGAUGCUCAGGUUGAUACCGGUAGCAUUGAGGUGAUAAUACCCUCGCUUUUCUUGGGCGUCAAUGUGACACAAGAACUUGUUGUUACCGAAUGCCGUGAAGAAUGGCUGGACAUGUUUGGGUGUCUGUUGCAGGAUUGCGCCAAUUUUGAUCAAGAGUGCUCUCUAACAAGUCCAAAUGCUACUACUGGUGCAACUGGGGCAUUGCCCGAUUGUUUACAUGCCAAACAAAACUACUGUCUUCUUGUGGAUGGCCCUGACUGCUGCAUGUCAGAAUGUGAGAAUGAAAUAUUUGAUGCUGCAAGUUGUGCGGCAGAGGCAUUGGGUGGAGAAGGCUACGAAGCUUGUACGGCUCCAACAAACUGCACUGCACUUGAGGAAGAAGAAAUGGAACCAUUUUGCUCGGGAAGUCCAACUGCCUGUGAGGACCUAUUUGAAACUGAAAUCUGUGGCAACGACUGCUUCGCGACAAUCUCCCAAUGCGCAUUGACUUGUGCCAGUGCAAGCUCGACUUGUGAGUGCACAUCGAACAGCAAUUGCAAUCUUCCUGGUUCCUCUACGUGUAAAGAAGUUUCCUGUACUGGUAGCGCACCUCUCUGUCGAGAUCUAGCCACCCAAGAGGAUUGUCUUGGAGUGGCAAGAUGCAAGUGGUCAACCAACCCUCAAUAA